AGGACCAGUUGCUUCUUACAUUUGCUUCUGAUACUGUUGUGUUGACUUGCAACCUCAGAAACAGACACCAUGGUGCACCUUACUGACGCUGAGAAGGCUGCUGUUUCCGGCCUGUGGGGAAAGGUGAAUGCCGAUGAAGUUGGCGGCGAGGCCCUGGGCAGGCUGCUGGUUGUCUACCCUUGGACCCAGAGGUACUUUGAUAGCUUUGGAGACCUAUCCUCUGCCUCUGCUAUCAUGGGCAACCCCAAGGUGAAGGCCCACGGCAAGAAGGUGAUAAACGCCUUCAAUGACGGACUGAAACACCUGGACAACCUCAAGGGCACCUUUGCCAGCCUCAGUGAGCUCCACUGUGACAAGCUGCAUGUGGAUCCUGAGAACUUCAGGCUCCUGGGCAAUAUGAUCGUGAUUGUGCUGGGCCACCACCUGGGCAAGGAUUUCACCCCCUGUGCACAGGCUGCCUUCCAGAAGGUGGUGGCUGGAGUGGCCAAUGCCCUGGCUCACAAGUACCACUAAGCCCCCUUCCUGCUGUUGUCUAUGCACAAAGGUUAUAUGUCCCCUAGAGAACAACUGUCAAUUGUGGGGAAAAUGAUGAAGGCCUUUGGACAUCUAGCUUUUACCUAAUAAAUGAUAUUUAUUGUCAUCUCCA